AUGGAUGUGAAAGGGAUGGGUCGGAAAGACUGGUUGAUGCAGUCAUGGCGAUUGGGAAAAUUCAAUGCCAGGAAUGGGCCUGGAGAGCAGGGGAAGAAAGGCAACAGCAAAAGGAUAUUUCGCUACUGCAUACAUUGCGAAUUUCGCACAAUGAAUGUGUAUGCCAUGUAUGUCCACACUAGGAUCCAUGAGCCACCCAAGUUUCCCUGCUUCCUCUGCCCCAUGGAUACCAAUGAUUCCCAAGUUUUUCAGCUGCACAUGCGUGAAAAACAUGGAGAUGGACCAUACUCAUGCCCUAAGUGCCACCACAUGGAUGCAGAUCCAGCAAAGGUCCUCCAGCAUGCAACAAAGCACCGUCAAACCAUCAAGCAAUUGCGGCGGCUGCAUGAGAUGCGCUCAAACCUCCGACGCCUCCUCCCCGAACCCCCACAGUGCCUGGUCAAGGUUGAGGAAGGUCAGGUAGAGAUCAAGAUUGAUCACAAAGAUGAAAAUGACCAUUUGGGGGAGAUAGAGAAGCGGCCUCUUCUGAUGGAGACCUCCAUCAACAGAGGACCUUCAUGGUCAAACCAGGCCAGGCCUUCUGUGAUAAGGUGGUAUGCGGCACCAGAGCCCUUCCAGCCUUCCACUUCUAUUCUCAGGGACCAAUGUGAUAGCAUUGGUAACAAUUCAGAAGUAAAAAAUAUUACAGAUAGGAUGUUACCAUCCCAAGAUAGUGAACCUGAUGUCAUCUUGGGUGUGCCACAGUGACCUCUGGGCAUCAUUAAAGUAGAACCCUAUUGGCAAAAUUUCCAAUUCAGGCUAUACCAGAGUUUUUUAAACUUGCAAUCACUCCUGGGAUCCCAUCUUGGCUUGAUUUGAUCAGUUGUUCAUCUUUGAAAUUUUGUUUUUUUUCGCCAAUUGUGAAAAUGGGGAGCCAUCCUGCUUCUCUGCUGGUGACAUCUACAGUAUAUCAUUUACUUUAUAUUCAGCCAAAUUUUUUUUGGCAGAAGAUCUUGGUUUCAUCUUUUUAUGGGAGGGUUCUGGUUUUGUCUGUGGCUGUUAUGGUUUUUGCUUUUGGGAGUAUGCAUAGUGUUAAAUAUUGUUAUAAGAUUCAAGGAUAAGAGUGGAGUUCUGAAAGGAAACAAUCUUCAUGGAUGUACAACAAAGCAACUGAUGGAAGCAAAUCAAAAUGGCUUUGUCAUGUAGAUCUAAGGAAUUCUAUUACCUAGCAAAACUUGGAAAAAUUUUGCCUAUUGGGUGCUAUUUUAUUUAAUGUGCAUGUUAUAAUGUGCAUUUGGGUCCACUCCUAUUAAUACUAUGGUGGGUUUUCCUUAGAGUAGGGCUGCAAACUGAUUUUAAAUAUUUUAUCUUAGUGAUUUGAUGAAAUGAUGAAUCUGAUGUUAAUUGACACAUCAUAUUUCUUCUGAAUCUCAUGAAGGAAGCUUCAAUUUAGAAUGGAGAUCAUUUUGAAUACUAUUCUUUUACCUGGGCUUUCAUGAUGUCACUUCUCAAAGUAUCCUUGGCAAUUUUUUUAAAUGGAGUAAUGCAUUGGCAAAGUCUACACUAAGGAAAAUAAUAGGUACCUUGAUUUUCCCAGAUUUGAGGAUAAUAUUUGGCAGAUUGAUUCUGAGCUGCCAAAAUUUGUUGUGAUUUCACAAUUUUUUAUGAUUAUGAUGGAUCAUUGCAUUUUGAUGCAUGAAAUGUUCUUGCAUGAAUCAAUUUUUAUGCUAUCAGACCUGCUUUGGCAUAAAAACAAGAAUUCUUAAAUUUAAAGCAAUGUGAUUCAUUUUGAAACUAUUUUUUGUGACCUGUAUAUUUGUCGAUAAGAGCUUCCAGGGCUGCUCAGAUAGUGUUUGAGAUCAAGCUGAGGAGACUGUCCUGGUUUUCCUGGAUAAUCUCCGAUCAACAGAAGAUGGUGUCUUUAAUGAAGUUGACAUUUUGAGCUUGAUUCUUCCAUGGGAUAAAUUUGGUUUUGAGGUAGCAUUUUUUCAGUGAUAGUGGUAAUAGGUCAGCUUUCAUCAAAAUUGGUUAGUAAAAUUUGUGUGAAGCAAAUGCUUACCAUCAGAAGAUGACACUGUUUAUCUAACCCUUAUUAAAUUUGGGAAUGGCAUGCAUUUUUAUUGGUUUACUUUGAAAUAUCCUUGGAUGUUGUCCUCCAUGCAUCAUUCUCAUGACUUUAAAAUUUUUCAUAGUGUAACAUGAAAAAGUCAGGCACUGCUUCUUUUUUUUUAUUACUAUUCAUAUAUUUUAUAAUUAUCCACCUUAUAUUUGGCUGAGGAAAGAAUGAGGAGCAGGAAUUGCUUAGAGGAUCUUGUGUCCAUUGUAGAGCCAUUAAUGAGUGCACACUUGCAAUAGGGGAGUAUAAAAAAAAACCCAGUGGCUAGCUUGUCACCUUCCCAUAUGCCUUUCCUCAGUUUUCCUGGCUCUGUGGAACUAUCUUGACUUGACAUGCAAAUUCUGAAACUCCCAUUCUUUGUCUAUUGAGGCAUUGGAGCACCCAAUAAAACCCAGCAAUUGUGGAAGUGGCAUCAACACCUCCCAACAGCACUACAUUUUACAUGCCUAAUCUCCAUGUUCACCUUCAUUUUACCAGUUGGAUGAUGGCAUCGAUCACAAUAUCAUCACCCACUCUCAAUACAAGCCACCAGAUCCAAGGGUUGGGAAUCCCAGAUCUGAUCCAUCAUGAUUAAUUUUGUCCCUCAAUCUGUAAAACAUUAAUCAGUUGAAUAGAAUUAUUGAAUUGGCAGCCCUACUGAAAGGUAUUCACAAGGUACAUUUUUACCCGUAAAUGGAUGAAUGUGCUAGUUUACAAAACUAUUUACAAAACCAACCCAUGUGCUGUAUAUAAAGGAGUGUGAAUGUUUUCCUGGUCACCAUUUCUCCUAGCCCUUCCAAUAUUUGUUUUGGUGUAUUAUUUUGAUUGCAGUGUCAAAAAUCGUGGAUAAACAAUCUUUGGAACUGUGAACCCACUCAUACAUCUGUUGUUUCUGUGAUUAAUGCUUGUAGUAAUCUCAGGCUUUCCUUUGCCAUCAUUCAUCCAUUUUGUCUUUGAUUAUUUCCUGGAAUGAUUUGCUUUGAGGUUUCUUCUGAGGUGUUUUUGGUGGUGAUGCAUUUUAUUACAUAAGAUAGUGAUUCUUGAGUUCGCCUUUGUAUUAAAUCUUUUAAAGGAUCAUUUUUCAUUCAACUGUUGAUAUGAGGAC